GGGCUCCGCUCGGCUGCGGCGGGAGCCCCGGGACGGGCCAGCCGCGCUCGGCAGAAGAGGCGAGGCGAGCUCGCGAGUAGCUGGCCACAAAACCGGGGCGGCUGGACAGACGGACAGCCUGCCCGCCCGCGGGACGCACGGCCGGGAGGCGCGCGGGCCGUGCGCUCUGCGCUCCGGAGCGGCUCUCCGAGCGCCGUGGCCGCAGCGCCGCUUCUACCCGCGCCCAUUGUUCCCCGCGGGGGCGGGGCGCCUGGAGCCGGGCUGAGCGCCGCGCCCCUGAACGCGGGAGGGAGGGAGGGAAGGAGGGAGCGCGGGGUCCCCGCGCCCAGCCGGGCCCGGGAGGAGGCGCAGCGCGGCGACCCCGGGACCCGGAGCCGGACUGGGAGCCUCCCCGCGGCACACAGCCUGCCCGAGCAUGGGCGCCUGAGGCAGCCCGGCGCCAGAGGCGAAGGACGCGUCCCCGCUAGCGGACUGACCGGCGGGCGGACCUGGAGCUGGUCCUCGGCGCUGCACCCGCGCCCCUGCCCCUGGCCCGGCCCCUGCCCCUGGCGCCAUGGACAAGCUGCCGCCGUCCAUGCGCAAGCGGCUCUACAGCCUUCCGCAGCAGGUGGGGGCGAAGGCGUGGAUCAUGGACGAGGAGGAGGAUGCCGAGGAGGAGGGGGCUGGGGGCCGCCAGGACCCCAGCCGCAGGAGCAUCCGACUGCGGCCGCUGCCCUCGCCCUCGCCCUCGGCGGCCGCAGGCGGCACGGAGCCUCGGGGCGCGGCCCUCGGGGCGGCGGACGGCGAGGGGCCGGCCCGCGGCGCGGGCAAGUCCAGCACUAACGGCGACUGCAGGCGCUUCCGCGGGAGCCUGGCCUCGCUGGGCAGCCGGGGUGGCGGCGGCGGCGGAGCGGGGGGCGGUAGCAGUCACGGGCACCUGCAUGACUCCGCGGAGGAGCGGCGGCUCAUCGCCGAGGGCGACGCGUCCCCCGGCGAGGACAGGACGCCCCCGGGCCUGGCGGCCGAGCCGGAGCGCCCCGGCGCCUCGGCGCAGCCCGCAGCCUCGCCGCCGCCACCCCAGCAGGCGCCGCCGGCGGCCUCCACCUCCUGCGAGCAGCCCUCAGUGGACACUGCUAUCAAAGUGGAGGGAGGCGCGGCCGCUGGCGACCAGAUCCUCCCCGAGGCCGAGGUGCGCCUGGGCCAGGCUGGCUUCAUGCAGCGCCAGUUUGGGGCCAUGCUCCAGCCCGGGGUCAACAAAUUCUCACUGAGGAUGUUCGGCAGCCAGAAAGCCGUGGAGCGCGAGCAAGAGAGGGUUAAGUCGGCCGGGUUUUGGAUUAUCCACCCCUACAGCGACUUCAGAUUUUACUGGGACUUGACCAUGCUGCUGCUGAUGGUGGGAAACCUGAUCAUCAUUCCUGUGGGCAUCACUUUCUUCAAGGAUGAGAACACCACACCCUGGAUCGUCUUCAAUGUGGUGUCAGACACAUUCUUCCUCAUCGACUUGGUCCUCAACUUCCGCACAGGAAUCGUGGUGGAGGACAACACGGAGAUAAUUCUGGACCCACAACGGAUUAAGAUGAAGUACCUCAAAAGCUGGUUCGUGGUGGAUUUCAUCUCCUCCAUCCCCGUGGACUACAUCUUCCUCAUUGUGGAGACGCGCAUCGACUCGGAGGUCUACAAGACUGCCCGGGCCCUGCGUAUCGUCCGCUUCACCAAGAUCCUCAGCCUUCUGCGCCUCUUGCGUCUCUCCCGCCUCAUUCGAUAUAUUCACCAGUGGGAAGAGAUCUUCCACAUGACCUACGACCUGGCCAGCGCCGUGGUGCGCAUAGUGAACCUCAUCGGCAUGAUGCUCCUGCUCUGCCACUGGGACGGCUGCCUGCAGUUCCUGGUGCCCAUGCUGCAGGACUUCCCCGACGACUGCUGGGUGUCCAUCAACAACAUGGUGAACAACUCCUGGGGGAAGCAGUACUCCUACGCCCUCUUCAAGGCCAUGAGCCACAUGCUGUGCAUUGGGUAUGGCCGGCAGGCACCCGUGGGCAUGUCGGACGUCUGGCUCACCAUGCUCAGCAUGAUCGUGGGCGCCACCUGCUACGCCAUGUUCAUCGGCCACGCCACCGCCCUCAUCCAGUCCCUGGACUCUUCCCGGCGCCAGUACCAGGAAAAGUACAAGCAGGUGGAGCAGUACAUGUCCUUCCAUAAGCUCCCGCCUGACACCCGGCAGCGCAUCCAUGACUAUUACGAGCACCGCUACCAGGGCAAGAUGUUCGACGAGGAGAGCAUCCUGGGCGAGCUGAGCGAGCCGCUGCGGGAGGAAAUCAUCAACUUUAACUGCCGGAAGCUAGUGGCCUCCAUGCCGCUGUUUGCCAACGCAGACCCCAACUUUGUGACAUCCAUGCUGACCAAGCUGCGCUUCGAGGUCUUCCAGCCAGGGGACUACAUCAUCCGCGAAGGCACCAUCGGCAAGAAGAUGUACUUCAUCCAGCACGGUGUGGUCAGUGUGCUCACCAAGGGCAACAAGGAGACCAAGCUGGCGGAUGGCUCCUAUUUUGGAGAGAUCUGCCUGCUGACGCGGGGCCGGCGCACAGCCAGCGUGAGGGCCGACACCUACUGCCGCCUCUACUCGCUGAGCGUGGACAACUUCAACGAGGUGCUGGAGGAAUACCCCAUGAUGCGGCGGGCCUUCGAGACCGUGGCGCUGGACCGCCUGGACCGCAUCGGCAAGAAGAACUCCAUCCUCCUCCACAAAGUCCAGCACGACCUCAACUCAGGCGUCUUCAACUACCAGGAGAACGAGAUCAUCCAGCAGAUUGUGCAGCAUGACCGCGAGAUGGCCCACUGUGCGCACCGUGUCCAGGCUGCCGCCUCUGCCACCCCGACCCCCACGCCUGUCAUCUGGACCCCGCUGAUCCAGGCACCACUGCAGGCUGCUGCUGCCACCACCUCCGUGGCCAUAGCCCUCACCCACCACCCACGCCUGCCCGCGGCCAUCUUCCGCCCUCCUCCGGGCCCGGGGCUGGGCAGCCUCGGGGCUGGGCAGACACCGAGGCACCUGAAGCGGCUGCAGUCCCUGAUCCCUUCUGCACUGGGCUCCGCCUCGCCUGCCAGCAGUCCGUCCCAGGUGGACACACCGUCUUCCUCCUCCUUCCACAUCCAACAGCUGGCUGGAUUCUCCGCACCUGCCGGACUGAGCCCCCUCCUGCCCUCCUCCAGCUCUUCCCCACCGCCUGGGGUCUGCGGCCCCUCGCCGGCUCCCACACCAUCUGCUGCAGCUGCCGCCACCACAGCCGGGUUUGGCCACUUCCACAAGGCGCUGGGUGGCUCCCUGUCCUCGUCCGACUCUCCGCUGCUCACCCCACUGCAGCCGGGCGCCCGCUCCCCACAGGCUAACCAGCCGCCACCCCCUCUGCCGGGGGCCCGGGGAGGUCUGGGACUCCUGGAGCACUUCCUGCCACCCCCACCCUCAUCCAGGUCCCCGUCAUCCAGCCCGGGGCAGCUGGGCCAGCCUCCGGGGGAGUUGUCUCCAGGUCUGGCUGCUGGCCCACCAAGUACGCCAGAGACACCCCCACGGCAGCCUGAGCGGCAGCCCUUUGUGGCAGGGGCCUCUGGGGGGGCUUCUCCUGUAGCCUUUACCCCCCGAGGAGGUCCCAGCCCCCCUGGCCACAGUCCAGGGCCCCCAAGAACUUUCCCAAGUGCCCCCCCCCGGGCCUCUGGCUCCCAUGGUUCCCUGCUCCUGCCACCGGCAUCCAGUCCCCCACCACCCCAGGUGCCCCAGCGCCGGGGCACGCCACCCCUCACCCCAGGCCGCCUCACCCAGGACCUCAAGCUCAUCUCAGCCUCUCAGCCGGCCCUACCCCAGGACGGGGCGCAGACUCUCCGCAGAGCCUCUCCACACUCCUCUGGGGAGUCCGUGGCUGCCUUCCCGCUCUUCCCCAGAGCUGGGGGCGGGAGCGGGGGCAGCGGGGGCCUCGGUCCCCCCGGGAGGCCCUAUGGUGCUGUCGCUGGCCAGCACGUCACUCUGCCUCGGAAGACAUCCUCAGGUUCUUUGCCACCCCCUCUUUCUUUGUUUGGGGCAAGAGCCGCCUCUUCUGGGGGACCCCCUCUGACUGCUGCCCCCCAGAGGGAACCUGGGGCCAGGUCUGAGCCAGUGCGCUCCAAACUGCCAUCCAAUCUAUGAGCUGGGGCCCCUCCCUCUCCUCUCUGCUUUUUUCUCCCUUCUUUCUUCCUUCAGGUUUAACUGUGAUUAGGAGAUAUACCAAUAACAAUAAUAAUUAUCAUUAAAAAAAACUCACACCAGAAAAACAAAAGACAGCAGAAAAUAACCAGGUAUUCUUAGAGCUAUAGAUUUUUGGUCACUUGCUUUUAUAGACUAUUUUAAUACUCAGCACUAGAGGGAGGGAGGGGAAAGGGGAGCAGGCAGGGCCCAAACGCAAAAGCCAGA